AUGUCAGACCCUAGUAGUCAUUACAGAAGUGAAGGUGAUCCUUUCGAUCAUCAGGCCUACGGUGCUACUGUUAUAUCCGCAGGCGUAGGCAUGGGAAUGCUAAGGUCCGGAAUUACAGCAGGAAACGAGCCAGUACCGCGAGUUCCAAAAUCAUUAUAUGAUAAAAUACACUGUGGAGCUUGUAAUGAAUCAACGGAACGCUCUGAUAGACAUUGGAAAGAAGAGCACAUUCAUGACAAUAUUGAGUGUAGAAGGGCCUACUUCGAAGGGACAUGCACAUAUGAGAGAGACACAUUUGCAACACGGCCGGAUCCUAUUUAUAGACCUGAAGGAUAUGUACCUCCCACACAAAUUCCACAACUUCAAUAUUCAAACCCUCAACUUCAGAUACAACAAACUCGGGCUUAUUCAUCAAACUCUCCAGUCACUCAAUCUGAAACUCAAUCAGCUCAAGCUUAUUUUAUUUCACACUCAUCUCAAACCCCCCAGGAAGAGGAUCAUUCGGAUCAAAGACUUUCCCCUAACGCUUAUCAAACUACUCAUCCAUCGGAGUGGCUACAUUCAGAUCAACGCCUCUCCCCUAACGCUUAUCAAAUCAACUACUCAUCAACAUGGCUAAAUUCACCGAAUCAUCCUAGCCAGCCAGAUCAGGGGUAUGCCCAGCAUCAAACCGAGGUGCAUGACGAUCCUUACACUGAUGAUGCAUCUCACAACUCCAGUCCCGCUUACGAUUCAGAAGCGCAACGUGCUCCCGCGGCAAAUUUUGCCGGAUCCCAAGGACGGGAAUAUACAACUACAACUCGGAAUAUUGAUAGCGGCCGCCGUGUUCAUCGCCGCACUAGUGAUAGCUGA